AUGGGUGCGGCAUUGUCAACUGUUUACUACAAUAUGAGGCUUAGACAUCCAGCACUAGAUAUGCCACUUAUAGAUUAUGCUUUGGCUUUGCUUUUCCAACCUUUUGCUGAUUGGAUGCUCACGGUUUUUCCUAUCAUGAUAUUCAUAGAUUACUAUCAAAUUGUACCUGACAUUGAUCAUCUCAAUCCACAAGUACAAAAAGAGUUAUCUGAAUGGCUGAACUGGCUCAAAACCGAAAUCGGAUUCUCCGGAUGGAGAUUUGAUUUCGUCAAAGGCUAUGCUCCUAACAUAACUAAAAUUUACGUGGAGAACACUAAACUAGAUUUUGCAGUUGGAGAGUAUUUUAACUCACUUUCUAACAGUGGUGAUGGGAAGAUUAACUUUAACCAAGACGCGGCGAGAGGCGAACUUGCUAACUGGGUUGAAGGUGAUGGUGGCGGUGUUGUUACCGAAUUUGAUUUUACCACCAAAGGGAUUCUUCAAGCUAUUGUACAAGGGGAACUAUGGAGGUUGAAAGAUUCAAACAGAAAACCACCUGGAUUGAUCGAUAUAAAACCCAAAAACGAUGUAACAUUUAUUAUUAAUCAUGAUACAAGUUCAACUCAGAGGCUUUGGCCAUUUCCUUCUGAUAAAGUAAUGUUGGGUUAUGCAUAUAUUCUAACACAUCCCGGAACACCAUCAAUAUUCUAUGAUCAUUUCAUUGAUUGGGGUUUGAAGGAUGAGAUAACGAAAUUGGGAUCAAUAAGACCGAAGAAUGGCAUAAACGAGAAAAGUAGUGUGAACAUUCUGGCUGCUAAUGCUGACCUUUAUGUAGCAAAGAUAGAUGACAAGAUUAUUGUGAAAAUAGGACAAAAUAUGGACAUUGGAAAUCUUCUUCCACCAAGUUUUAAGGUUGUUGCUUCUGGCAAAGACUAUGUUGUUUUUGGGAGUGCAUAA